UUGCUUUAGUUUAGUCUUCAUCCACCCCUACCCUCUCAAGUUACAAUUCUCUCAGUCAAGCUACCGGUCUUCCAAACCCUUCUUUGAAUUUUGCAAUGGCUUCUUCUUCAACCAGUCUCUCAGUACCUUCUUCCUCUUCCACCCAUCGCUGGAAGUACGAUGUCUUCCUUAGUUUCAGAGGUGAAGACACCCGCCAAAGCUUUACUGCCCAUCUUCACGCGGCGCUUUGUCAAAAGGGAAUCAACACUUUCAAAGAUAACCAACUCAGGAGAGGCGACAAAAUAUCUCCAGCUCUCCUACAGGCAAUUGAAGAAUCGAGGUGUUCCAUCAUCAUUUUCUCCGAAAACUAUGCGUCUUCAAGUUGGUGUUUGGAUGAACUUACAAAGAUUCUUGAGUGUGUCAAAAUGAGGAGGCAAACAGCUCUACCGGUUUUCCACAAUGUGGAUCCCUCCCAUGUAAGAAAGCAAGAAGGGAGUUUUGCGAAAGCAUUUGCAAAGCAUGAACAAGUUUACAAGGAUAAGAUGGAGCAGGUGGUGAAGUGGAGAGAUGCUUUGACUGAAGCAGCCACAAUUUCUGGAUGGGAUUCACGAAAUAGGUGAUUCUUUCUUACUGCAUCCUUUUCCUUUCUAUGUAUUAAGCUGAUUCAUCCAGGAAGAUGGAUCUCGUCCUCCUGUUAUCAAUAAUAAGUUUUCAUAAUUUCCAUUCACCUUAUUUAGACACCUUAUUUUUUAUUCUCAUAUCUAAUAAACAAUUGAA